UAAAGUCUAUAUGCGCGCGCUACCACUUGGAGAGAAAGAACUAAAAUUUCAAAGGACGUGAGACGUGACCGCGACUGGCAGGGUGAUGGAAGCCUAUUUACCAAUCUGUGUGUAGAGAGACGCUAGAGAGAGAGACAACAGAUAACAGUUGUGUAGUAAACUGUUCAAGUGUAAACAGUAAACCAUCAGUAAACCAGUGACUUAUUUAAACCCCUGACAAACGGAACUUAUUAUUGUUGCUAAAAUGGCAUUUUCGAUAUUUAGACAAUGCGUGAAAAACGGGAUAACAGUUUCUAACAGAAGUGCCCUUAUGGAGGGUGUUUUGAAGAACACGCUGGCGAAUGUGAGUUGCAGAUGUGUUCCCGUGGCAGCUGUCAAUUUUAACAAUUCUAUAGUAGCUAGAAGUUAUAGCAAACAUGCCAAACACACACACGCAGAAAGGAAAUAUCAGUCAGACUCAGAAUCAGAUAGUGAUCUGGAAUGGAUUGGACACAGAGGUGAAUCAGAUUUUUGGAGAAGAAAAAUCAGAACCUUCCAUGGAAUCCUCGACUUAAAUAAGGACGGUGUUAUUUCUUUUGACGACUUCAAACUGCUCAGUGAUCGGUUUAUAAAUCUAGGUCAUUUACGUUCAGAACAAGUGAAAAAAUUCCAGGAUGUUCUUAAGAAUCUUUGGGAGAAGCAGUUUGGAGAAAUAUCCCCUUACAACUUAGUCUCAGUGGAAAGAUAUUUAGAAAAUAUGCACCACGUGCUCAACGAUAAAAGACUGGUCAGGAAGGCACAUUCCUUUUUGCCUUACUUAUUCAAGGCAGUUGAUAAAGACAGAUCCGGAGAAAUCUCCGUGGAAGAAUUUAAAUUAUUUUUCAAUGUAUUGGGCCUCAAAGAACAAGACGCCAUCUUAGCUUUCCGGGCAAUAGACUCAAACGGAAAUGGAAAAAUUACCCAAAAAGAGUUCGUGAAGCACGGAAGAGAUUUCUUUUUGACUGAAGACCAAGAAAGGAUAAGCAAAUACUUCUGGGGACCAUUAGUAGACCACUAAGAUAUUUUAUACCAGUGACGUUAAAACAAGUGAAACAUUACUUUAAGGUCUAAAAUAUUUGCAUUUAUAUUUAGGAAAGAGCUUUUUAAUUUUAGCUAAUUUUAAUUGUUUAUUUGUAUUUUCCAUUUGAAAAUUUUUUAUGCUGUGUAUAAAAAUAUUCAUUUUAUUUUAAGAGAUAAUACAAUGAACUUAAAUUAAAAAUCGACGUACGUCGUAUUUACACUGUUGUCAUAUGGCUUUACAAAGUAACCAUGGUUUAUAAUCUUUUUUAAGAUUUAUUUUGGAAAUAAAUAUAGUAGUUAACUUCCAUCCGAUCCAUCCUAUGGCUUUACAGCCCAAUUUGAGCCCUGCCCUCCCUCACAAACCUCUUCAUUCGUUACGGUCUGUAGCCAUUCUCCUCCACAAUCGACUGCCAAGGAGAUUUUUGCGUCAUCCACAUCGUCCUCCUAUCGUUUUCUCGGUCUUCCAAUAGGUCUCUUUUCCUAAAUUCAACGUGUUUUUAGAAGCCUGUUUUCUAUCAUCUUGAAUACAUGGCCUGUCCAUUGAAGACGCUGUAGAAGGACAUAGAUACAGGUGGUUUCUUUUAAAUGACUCAAGAACACAAUUUGUUAAACCCUCUGUACAUGAAUCGGCAUCAAUAGCAUCUUGUAACGGGUAGCUCUUUGAGGACGACAGACUCAGUAAAACGCAGGUUAAAAACAAAGUAAAUUUAUUUAAGAUAAUUAUAUACAGUUUAAAAUAAAUAAAAUAAAAUAUAAUUCUAUCUUCUACAAAGGGAAAAUAACAUUAUGCUUGCCACAGUCAUUCGAACAUACUAGAAAUAAUAAAACGAUCCAAUACACCACACAAUAUAUACAAUAACUAUGGAGCGUUUCACGGUAAGAAUAGAACAUUGCGGAGAUAGCCCCAUGUAUUUCUUAUGAAUUUAGAAUCGCGUCGAUGCCACGCCGUACUGAUUAGAAUGAAUCGUAUAUCGGCGGUCGAUUAGCCACCCGCGCCCGAGAGGCUUGGCAACACUGAUUUCCAUAAGCGUAACGUUCUAUUAUUAACGUGCAACAAAGUAUAUCUCGCUACGCGGAAUCAACAUAUCUACAUUUUCAGACCCAGACAUCGCAUUUCAAUUCAAUGCGAUAAGGUUUAACAGCGACACGCAGUCACCCGUUCAUCGUUGCUACCGCUCACUGCGGUAACGGUUAUGGUGGAACGCCACGUCACUACUGUGGCGUCUACCUAGGCACAGUUCCACCUCAACCCGGUGCAUCUCUGCCAUCGAGCUAUUGCUAAUUUAAUUCGUUAGCAAUAACUGAUUUUAUGAUUCACCUGGCUCGUCUUAAAUGUGUUCUCGAUGUCACUUCUCCUUCAGUUUCGCCCAGCGAUGAUAUGAAGAGGAGAUGCGUCAACUCGGAUACUCCUACGGUCGUCUCUGGUCGACCGGCCCAUCGCCCGCUGUGGCGUCAUAUCAUUACAUGUUUCGGUAAACCCUACCUCUAAAUGUCCCACUUCAAGUGGAUAGCUACAAAAAUACCAUCUACUCUGAUGUUCAUAAACGAAUCUCGACUCGAUAAAGUCGGUUCCUAUCUUUUGUGCUGCACGAGAUGUGCGUGAAUGUAGAAAUUUUGCGGUAAAAAUCUGGCUACAUUAACAUUUUAUAGCAAAUUGUAUCAGAGAACAGUCAAUAACACAUUAUUUAUAACUUUAAAUUACUCUUUUGACUGUCAACUAACUCAAAGAUCGAUUACCCCAUAUAAUUGCAAGGGAAACAAAUAUUGAAUUAUCUCGGUAUUUUGAAAUUAUUAUACCGUUAGGUGAAAUGAUUCUUGAUUUGAGUUCAUUAGUAUUCCAUUUAUACUAGUUAAUUAUAUGCAAGGUUGCAUUGAUAUUUUAUGCGAAUAGUUUAAUUGAUUAAGGUCAUUGACCAUUAACAAUUAUUCAUACUCCCUUUCUCUAUAUUUUUAAUGUUGUUCAAUUACAAUAAUUAUCAUAAGUCUCACCUUUUAUAUUCUAUAGAAAAUUGAUACCUAAAGUAUGGCAAACUGAUUGUUUAUUUAAUUUGCAAUACAUUUUCAAAACUAUCUAAAAUUUUUGUUUUUUAAUGGCAUACAGCAAACAUUAAUUAUGGUGAAGUUUCGUUGCUAAAAUUUUGAAAGAACCCAUGUAGAACCCAUAUAGAACAUGUUCGUCAGUUUCGUUUUCUCGUUCAUACUUCCUGCAUAAAGGUGUGUCUACUAGCCCCAGUGUGUGGAGGUGGUUGCUUAAAUCACAAUAACCAGUUAAAAAAUCAACUGACAAGCGCAGGUUUUCCUGGUCAUUUCCAAGUAAUUCUUUGAUGCUGACUUUUCAAGGUUCCUUAGUGUUACCUUGACAAAUCUACAUCCUUGUUCUUCUUCUCAUAUUUUCACCGUUUGCGUGUGGGAGUGACAUUUAGCAAUUUCCGCAAUUGUUGUAGUUGGUCACCCAAAAAGAUCACCAGGUCCUAAGAAUCUUGGUCUGCCGCCUUCCUAGCUGGUUAGUCGGCAAUACGUUUCACGCACUUCACCAUAAUUGGUGUUUCUGUACUGUUUAUCUUACUUUGUAUAAAAAAUCUUUGAAAUUGAUUGAAGAUGCGGUGAAUUUUUAUAAUUUAUAUUACUAUACAUCACAUUAACCUACUACAAAUAAUACAAUAUGAUAUCGAAAGAUAUGUUUCACACGAUUAUUGAUUAUGAUUAACAAAAAAAAACUCCAAGGAAAUAUCUUGGAGUAUUUCUUCCAUCUUUUUGCAGAGGAGCAAUCUACAUCUCAGUUUCGUAAGGGUUAAAUUAUCACGGUUUAUCUCUUGACGAAAGAUUAGGGAAUCAUUUCGUAUUUUUUUUCUUUCUUUGUUUUAUUCUGCGUAAGACUGACAAAUAUGUAGAUACGAACAAUUUUUAAAGGACUUUUCAUAUAAUCAUAAGAGCUGUAAGAGCAAGAAAAUAUUUCGAUCUAUAAUAGAAGCUGAAGUGGCAAGUGUAUACUCAAUAUUAAAAUAAUGUAGUGUCUAAUAAUAACUCCACCAAAAAAAACAACAUCCGAACAAGUGUAGCGAUUACAGAAUGAUAAGCCUUAUGAGCCACAUUUGAAAAUUUUUCUACGUAUCAUCCACAGUAGAAUUAAAGAUAAAUGUGAAGAUGACCACAGGAUGCAACACAAUUUGGCUUCAUAAAUGCACUGGGAACCCGGGACGCACUCUUUGCACUAAAUGUAUUAUUGCAGAAAUGCCGAGAUAAAAGAAAAUACGUCUUUGCUGUAUUUAUUAACCAUAAAAAGGCCUUUGAUCGUGUAAAGCAUCACAAAUUAAUUACAAUAUUAAAGGAUAAAGGAGUUGAUAGUCAAGACGUACGAAUUAUAGAAAACUUAUACUGGCGUCAAACAGCGACAGCUUGCAUAAAUGGAAAAUCAACAGAAAUAUGUAAAAUUCAAAGAGGUGUCAGAUAGGGUUGUAUACUGUUCCCACUGUUAUUCAAGUUAUAUUCAGAUAUAAUAUUUAAAGAAGCGCUGCAUAAUUUGGAAUAGGGCGUGAAAGUUAAUGGAAUUCUGAUCAAUACAAUCAUAUAUGCAGAUGAUACAGUUAUUUUAAGUGAUGACAUGAAUGGAUUACAUGGCCCCUAAAUGCCAUUGACACAGUGGGAAGAGAGUUUGGCCUGAACAUUUUUUUAAAUUUAAUUUGAUGGCUUUGGUAAAGACCAAUUAGCCAAACAAUGUUUACAUUUAACUAUGAUAUUAGGCCUGAACAUAAACUUCAAAAACAAAAUACAUGGUAUUUAGCCGUUUGGCACAUCAAGAUUCACGGUUAUAUGCUGAUGGUCAUAUAAUUCAAAGAGUAUCCAGUUUUAAAUAUCUUGGUUGCCAUAUUACCUACUGAACAACUAGAUCCAGAUAAAGAGAUAAAAUGUAGAAUGGAAAUAGCCCGCAAAACAUUUUUAAAAAUGAGGUCGUUCUUCUGUAAUAAUAACUUGCAACCUCAACUUCGAAAGCGCAGGAUUAAAUGUUACAUUUGGUCAGUUCUCCUAUACGGUUUCGAAGCAUGGACAUUAAAAAUAUCCACCAUUAAUCGUUUGUAGACCUUUUAAAUGUGGCUGCACAGACUUACACUAAAAAUACCAUGGACGGCUAUGCUGACAAAUGUGGCAGUCCUUAAGAGAGCAAAUGCUGCUCGCGAGCUGCUUGAUAAUAUCAAAUGUAGAAAUAUAGCCUAUUUUGGACACGUAGUAAGGGGAGACCGAUGUAAUAUUCUUCAACUUAUGAUGAAACGUCAACAAAAUCGAAGGACGCAGAUGAAAUUGGUAGAAAACAGGCCUCUUGGUUAUCAAGGAGUAUAUUAGGGAGUGGACAGGCAUAAAGAAAGCCGAACAACUAUUUAGAACAGCUCGAGACAGAGACAGUUUCGCCGUGUUGAGAAAAAUAAACCUAUGAAGAAGAAAACUGGGGCCGAACACUCGCAAAAUACGGUCAUCAAGAAUUCAGAAUCAUAAACUUCGUAAAUUCGUAAAAAUGCCAUAAAAACUAACAAACUAAUCGUCCUUUAUUCUGAGUAAUAUGAUAACUUCAUAUGGUUCUAUUCAAUUCUUGUUGUAGCUUUUUAUCGUUGCCUUAUGAAUAAGUCUGAACAACAACGUAUAUAUUUUUGUAAUAUGUCUAUAAUCUUUGUGGAUUUUUUUAUUUUAUAUUAUUUGUGGUAUAUAUUUAUUAGAGUAAGAGUUAAAACAAUAGGAUGAAAUUUAUAGCAAUCACAAUUUUAAUUGUAAGACAAGAUUGUCCAGGUUUGAUAAUUUUGUACCAGACGUUAGAAAAGGUGCUCAAUUGUGUCCGGCUGCUACAUUGAUACUGUAUUGUAAUACUUUAAGAGAGUGAGAAACAAUUGCAUAUAUGGAAAAUUAUCAAAUCUACAACUUUAUAUUUGUACGUUUUGUAAUGUAAAUAAACAUAGUGUAUAUAUA